AUGGAUGAAAUAAAAGAUAAAGCCUUAUAUUUGCGACUGCCGCGGCAGUGUUUGAAAAAAAAGCCUUUCCUUGUUAAUGUUACCGAAUGCGGAACGCUUGUUUUUACUAAAGAAUAUCAGCGAAAACCGUUAAAAUUCCGCGGACAAGGAAUGCUAGAGGCUAACGGAACGGCUAUUUCUCCUGAGCCUGUUCCGCUAAAAUGGACGUUACGCCUUUUAUACAUCUUUGUGUUUGUCGUGGGCAUUGCUGGUAAUGUGAUCGUGUGUGCUGCGGUGUUGAAACGCAAGCGUCUUCGAACGAGUAACAACCUUUUUACUUUCAAUCUUGCUUGUGCUGACCUUAUCGUUGUAACGAUUUACGUCCCAACACAAAUGACCGCUUUCGAGAAUGAACACAACUGGGCCUUAGGAGACAUUAUGUGUCGGAUUGCCUAUAUCAUCAUUCCACUAUGUCUGUCGGCCUCUAUUGGUUCUUUACUGGCCAUAACAGUUAACCGUUACCGCGCUAUAACUUCCCCACUGACGGCAAAACUGACAGAGAGAGGAAUUCAGGGGAUUAUCACUGGCAUUUGGGUCACGUCUCUGGUCAUAGCUUUGCCAAUAAUUUUUGUAGCGGGAGAAGAAAGGAGUAGUAGUGGACAGGUGUACUGCUCAGAGCCAGGCUGGCCCGAAGAUUCAGUAAUUGAUAAUGUUUAUUGGAUCUCUAUUUUUUUUCUUCAGUACAUUACACCUCUUGUUUUUAUAUGCGUUCUAUCGACCAUUGCUGCUUGUAAACUUAGAAGUGACGUCCUGUUUAAUACAAAAAGGGAAUCUCUUGUCAUCACAAAGGCUGUGCGAAAGCGAAUGCAGCAAGGUACUAAAAUAACCAAAAUGCUUUUCGCACUCGUAAUUAUUUACGCCAUUUGUAUGCUGCCCCAGCAUGUUGUGUAUUUUUGGAUGGAAUUUGGAAAUCUUAACCAGAUGGAAUUCAAAAUGUAUAUAUUCAGGUUUUCGAAUGUAUUCCCCAUGGCAAACUGUGCGUUAAAUCCCAUCGCAUAUGGGACAUUGAAUAAGGAGUUCAAAAUGGUUUUCAAGGGUCUUUUGAAACGUAAAUGGAAUUACAAGUCUACAAUUUGCUUCAGAUGGAAUGACGAUCAAUAUCGCGAGGAUAUUAUCGAAGAGAAAGACAAUUCAGUCAUCUCCCUAAAGGUGAUUUGA